AAUGGAUUGGAAGUUAUCGCCCUUGUUACAUCAACAGUGCCAAGUUGUUUGGUCCGAGAAGCCACCGCCGGAGCUUCUUUGCGCAGGCAACACGACAGUCAGGCCCAACACCUGGCAGACAGCGGCGCACCCUCAUUCACCUGCACCUGCAAGGCGCGUGCCGGAAUGGUCAUCAGAUUCCCCAUGACCGUGUUAGUGCUGAGUAGGUGGUCUCAUGUCAAAAAACCACCCCACACCCCCUCACCCUCCCCCGCCCGAGGCCAUACGGCUGCCUGCCCACUCCCAGCAAAGCAGCAGCCGUACACACUAGCCUACCAAGGCGUAUCCGUCAGUAAACGCACCCACAAGCCACGCUGCUCGCCGCCGCCGCCACCACCGUUGUCAAUGCCACACGAGGGCCGACAAGGCCGCACCGAACACCACAUGACGGGUGGUGCUUUGCGAAGGCGAGUCGCCUAG